AUGGCCGAAGCCCCCCCGCGCCGCCUCGGCCUGGGUCCCCCACCCGGGGACGCUCCCCGCGCCGAGCUGCUGGCGCUCACCGCCGUGCAGAGCGAGCAGGGCGAGGCGGGCGGGGGAGGCUCCCCGCGCCGCCACGGCCUCCUGGGCAGCCCCCUGCCGCCGGGCGCGCCCCUCCCUGGGCCGGGCUCUGGCUCGGGCUCCGCCUGCGGCCAGCGGUCCUCCGCCGCUCACAAGCGCUACCGUCGCCUGCAGAAUUGGGUCUACAACGUGCUGGAGCGGCCCCGCGGCUGGGCCUUCGUCUACCACGUCUUCAUAUUUUUGCUGGUCUUCAGCUGCCUGGUGCUGUCCGUGCUGUCCACUAUCCAAGAGCACCAGGAAUUUGCCAACGAGUGUCUUCUUAUCUUGGAAUUCGUGAUGAUCGUGGUCUUUGGCCUGGAGUACAUCAUCCGAGUCUGGUCUGCUGGCUGCUGCUGUCGCUAUCGAGGAUGGCAAGGCCGCUUCCGCUUCGCCAGAAAACCCUUCUGUGUCAUCGACUUCAUCGUGUUCGUGGCCUCGGUGGCCGUCAUCGCCGCGGGCACACAGGGGAACAUCUUUGCCACGUCUGCGUUGCGCAGCAUGCGCUUCUUGCAGAUCCUACGCAUGGUGCGCAUGGACCGCCGCGGCGGCACCUGGAAACUGCUGGGCUCCGUGGUCUACGCGCACAGCAAGGAGCUGAUCACCGCUUGGUACAUCGGGUUCCUGGUGCUCAUCUUCGCCUCUUUCCUGGUCUACCUGGCGGAGAAGGACGCCAACUCUGAAUUCUCCUCCUACGCCGACUCGCUGUGGUGGGGGACGAUUACACUGACGACCAUUGGCUAUGGUGACAAGACACCACACACAUGGCUGGGCAGGGUCUUGGCUGCCGGCUUCGCCUUACUGGGCAUCUCCUUCUUUGCCCUGCCUGCUGGAAUCCUUGGCUCUGGCUUUGCCCUGAAGGUCCAGGAGCAGCACCGGCAGAAACACUUUGAGAAGCGGAGGAUGCCAGCAGCCAACCUUAUCCAGGCUGCGUGGCGCCUUUACUCAACUGAUACGAGCCGGGCCUACCUGACGGCCACCUGGUACUACUAUGACAGUAUCCUCCCAUCUUUCAGAGAGCUGGCCCUCUUGUUUGAGCACGUGCAACGGGCCCGCAAUGGGGGCCUACGGCCCCUGGAGGUGCGGCGGGCGCCAGUACCCGACGGAGCGCCCUCCCGCUACCCGCCCGUUGCCACCUGCCACCGGCCAGGCAGCGCUUCCUUCUGCCCUGGGGAAAGCAGCCGGAUGGGCAUCAAAGACCGCAUCCGCAUGAGCAGCUCCCAGAGGCGGACAGGUCCUUCCAAGCAGCACCUGGCACCCCCUCCAAUGCCCACCUCCCCAAGCAGCGAGCAGGUGGGUGAGGCCACCAGCCCCACCAAGGUGCAGAAGAGCUGGAGCUUCAACGAUCGCACCCGCUUCCGGGCCUCUCUGAGACUCAAACCCCGCACCUCUGCUGAAGAGGGCCCCACAGAUGAAGGACCAGAAGAGAAGAGCUACCAGUGUGAGCUCACAGUGGACGACGUCAUGCCCGCUGUGAAGACGGUCAUCCGCUCCGUCAGGAUUCUGAAGUUCCUGGUGGCCAAAAGGAAAUUCAAGGAGACGCUGCGACCAUAUGACGUGAAGGACGUCAUCGAGCAGUACUCGGCAGGGCACCUGGACAUGCUGGGCCGGAUCAAGAGUCUGCAGGCUCGGGUGGACCAGAUUGUGGGUCGGGGCCCUGGGGACCGGAAGACCCGGGAGAAGGGAGACAAAAUGCCCCCCGACGUGGAGUCGGUGGAUGAAAUCAGCAUGAUGGGGCGCGUGGUCAAGGUGGAGAAGCAGGUGCAGUCCAUCGAGCACAAGCUGGACCUGCUGUUGGGCUUCUAUUCACGCUGCCUACGCUCUGGUACCUCGGCCAGCUUGGGCACCGUGCAAGUGCCGCUCUUCGACCCUGACAUCACCUCGGACUACCACAGCCCUGUCGACCACGAGGACAUCUCCGUCUCUGCACAGACGCUUAGCAUCUCCCGCUCGGUCAGCACCAACAUGGACUGAGGGACUUCUCAGGGGCGGGGCCGCACUGGCCCAACCCCUCGGCCUUGCGCUGGGACCCGCCCACGAGGCCUCCGGACUCCUCUCUUACUUGAACUCGCUCCCUCGCGGGGAGAGAGGCCACACGCAGUAUUGAGCUGCCUGGGUGGGAGAGCUACCCGCUGCGGGUGCCAGCGCACCGCCCCCACCCCAGGAGUGUGAGGUGCCAGGCCACACGGAGGGCAGCAGCAGCGGCUGCCCCGCGGCCUCUGGGCCCCUCAGUACCCUGCCCGCUCCAUUAAGGCCUGCCAUGGCCCACUUGGCAGGGUCACUGCCCCCGGAGUGGGAGCGGGGCGCUGGGGCCCUGGGCCCUGACCCAGCUUCCAGCUAUGCAAGGUGAGGUCUGUGGCCUGCUCUUCACACAGAGCAGGGAAGCCCUCCCGCCAAUUCCCCACCCCACCCGGGGAUGGGCCCAACGUGUCCCACAGGUACCCACAAAGCACAGGACCCUGCCACAAGGCAGGUGGGCACCAUAUAUGCAAACUAUGUUAAAUAUGCAACUUUGGGGGCCCCCAUGGGGUCCCCCUGCCCCUCCUCCGUUGGGAGUUGGGCCCCCAGCAGUAGCUGGUCUCAGGCUGCUUGGCCAUGACCCCCAUCCCCAUUCUUUGGCUUAUCACUCCAUCCCCACUGAGCAUGGGGCCUGUUUCUCCCCUACUCUCUCCCAAGGCCAGUGCCUGGGCUUUUCUUCCCAUCUGCAGGUGUCACCUCCCAGGGGAUCCCUCUUCCUGCUGGAUGUCCAUUUCCCUCUCGGGCCCUCCAGAUAUCUUCGACAGGCAGCACAAAUUUCUGUAUACUCCACAAUCUCCCAGACAGUGGCCCACAGAUGAGCCACACAAACAUGGCCCUUUGUUUCCCCAGACAUAGAGAAAGCCUCACACACUGAUGCGCAUAGCCAGGCAGACUUGGAGAUGUGAGCGGAGGGACUCUCGGCCUUUCCUGGGCCUCUGCAGCUGAUCCCAGCAGACUGGCCUUAGGGGAUCUCCACUAAGAGGUAGCCUCUCACUCCCUCUGCACAGGAGAGGGAGCUUUAAAGUGAUCCCAGGUCUCUCCAGGCCCUACCCCAGAGCUUUACCAGCUCCCCUUCCCCAAGAACAUAGACUCCUCACUGGCCCAGGAGCUCUACCAUUGCCUCUGCCCACCCCUGAGGGUCCCCCUCAGUGUCCUCACAGCACAACUCAGGCCUAGGCCUCUGGGGCCUGCAUACCACUGGAGAGACCCCAGGCCCACCCCUUCCUAGUCACUCUCACUCCCAGAGUGAACAAUAAUGCAUCUAGCAGCUACACCAACUGUGCACAUGGCUGUCACCUGCACUGUCCCCUCCCCACUUGGCAGCUCAUAUACUGGCAUAAGUGCCCAUCCACUCCAGGCCCCCAGCACUACUUUUGUAUUCCUACCCCUUGGUUCCUGGCAGGAGGGCGAGGGGUAGUGAACUGAUGGCAACCCUCCGUGGGGUGCCAGGGAGAAAGGGGCUGAGGCCAAGCUGCUUGCAUCUCAUACUGAGGACCUGCAUGUACGAGCACUAGGGCUUGGGUUGGAUCUUGCUCAGCCCCAUGGUGCCCAGCCUGUGCCCUAACAUGCCCUCUGCAUGUACCUUCAUGCCCCAGAUGGAGCAUCACCUGGCUCACCUCACCUACGCUGCACUGUCCCCAGAGAGCCACCCCUCUACUCCCUCAGAGACAGCUGGGGAGAAGGGCAGGAGAAUAGGAUUACCCUGUGACCAAAGGACAUAUGGGAAGAAGCCCUCCCUCCUUCCACGAUCAAUAUUCCCCCACUAACCCAAUCCUCGGAUAUGCAAGUACCUCACUUUGUUAACUUAUUAACUUAUUGGUUUCAUUAAAGUUUUCAGUAG